GCUGACUUGUUGUUCUGCUCACACAAACGUAUUUUGACUUACUCCAUCCUUCAACUCCUAUUUUGUUCCUUUGUUUGUCUUGCAGGUGACCUUGUGGUGCCCACACAGUCCCCACGCUACCCCACUGCAGCAGAACUCGAUGCCUAUGGCCAGAAGAUAGCCAACAACCCUCUGACCAUCAAGAUUUUCCCCACAAACAUCAGGGUUCCCCAGCACAGGCACCUUAACCGAACUGUGAAUGGAUACGACACCACAGGGCAACGCUAUGCUCCCUACCCACAUAUCCACACAGGGGGCUACCAGGGGUUGCUGGCUAUUAUCAAAACCUCCUCCUCAUCUUCAUCAUCGUCAGCUUCCACCUUUGUUUCUUCAAAAGGUGUUCUCAAGAAUGCUGAAGGCAGACGGAAUAAACUCUCUCCAGCCCACAUAGCGAUCGCACCAUACCCACCUCCUAAUAAUAGCACUUUAGCCAGUGGUCACGGCCAAAUGGUGUACCACGUUGCCCCCUCAAAGCCUCCAGAAGGUCCUGGACUUUCUGUUCCCCCGAAUGUCACUGUGGCUGGCUCAGUGAUUCCCGUAACUGGGGGCCGUGGCCAUGCUCUGCCCCCACAGUCCAACCUCCCCUCUAUCCAGAGCAUCAUCUACCAGAUUAAUCAGCAUUGCCAAGCCCAGGCUCUGCAGCAGGCUUGUCAUGGGUCUGCGAUAGCGCCAUCAAAUUCCAACCCAUCUAAGCAGGGAACAACAACUGUCUUAGGGGCCUUUUCCAGCUCCUCAGGUGGAGGCUACCUGGUAGGCAUGGGCCCCCAGGCUAACAUGGUGUACACAGGGCAAGCUCUGCCAACUCAAAACACUGAGACAAUGAAGACUGGUAUCUACACAGAAGGUAUGGACUACAUCCUCUGGCAGAAACAACAGCAACAACAACAUCAGCAACAGCAGCAGCAUCAGCAGGCUGUGCUCCGCAUGUACAGUGAGAGCAGUGGAGGAGGAGCCGCCAAUAGCAAAUCUCCUGAAACUUGUGUUCCAGGGGGAGGACUAAUGGCCGCCCAAAUGUCCUCCUCCUCAUCUAGACCUCACCUGUCAGCCAGUGCCAGUGGAGGAGGCGGGCUGGAAAAAGUCAGCUCUUCACCUUUGAACUGUGUGGGUAUGCAUGGUAAUUUCUCAGUGGGCCAGUACUUUGCCCCGCCGUGGAACAGCGUGCUGGUGACACCGGACAGUGACUGCUACAACCCCCAGGAGCUUUUAGGCACCUCCACAGGAGGCCCAGCCACAGGUGAUAGAGAAAUAGGCUACCCUAUUCAUCAUCACCACUACCAACAUCACCACCACCCUGCCAUAGACAGCAGUGGAGGUUUGUGCUGCAGUUUGCCCAGCAAGAGCUUGUGCAACAUGUCCGUACUGAGCAGCAGCCUGCAGUCCCUGGAGUACCUGAUCAACGACAUCCACCCGCCCUGCAUCAAGGAGCAGAUGCUUGGCAAAGGCUACGAGACUGUGUCUGUGCCACGUCUGUUAGACCACCAGCAUGCACACAUCCGCCUUCCUGUUUACAGAUAGAGGGGGAGGAAAAGGAAGGAGUAGAAGAAGAGGAGGAGGUGGUGUGGUUUGCCAAAAGGAAUUUUGGAUUCAUUCUUUUUUUUUCUCAUAUUUGUGUUCUUGUUUUUUUUUUUCUUCUCUUUUUGUUUUACUUGCCUGGACUUCAUUGAGAAUCAUAGCUUGACAUGAAGUGUGUCUGCCACUUGUAUCCCCCCAUUCCAACUACAAAUGAUGAAGCUACUUUGUAGGUUGUCACUGAAAUGGUCUUAACUGUUGUGCAGUCCUUCGCAUUUUUGUACACACCCUUUGUGCUUGCAAUGAUUUUCAU